GUAAUAAAAAGUUUUGAUUCUAAUAUUCCCAAAAAAAUAAAACACAAAGUUCCUCAUAUAAAUAAAAAUCUAAAUAAAUAUAAAUGAGUGAAUAUUUAAUGAGAAAAUACUUGACUUGCAGAGUUAAAAAUGAAGUUUUAGUAAAAGAUUUACCUUUAAGUCUUUAAAUAAUGAAGUUUUAUUUUUUUAUUGAACAUUUUAUUGGUUAUGAAAUGAUUUAGUUUCAUAUUUAUUUCUAUUUUUAUUCUAAUUUGUGCUGCUGAGAUUAAAAACUUCAAACUAAACGUAAGAAAAGUUUGUCGAUUCUCGUCGUUUUCUGAUUUAAUUCACAAACUAACGGCAGAAAAUUCAGAUUUUAAAAGUUUUCAUUCUGAUUUUAGUGGAUCAGAAGUUUAUUUGUUUGUUUACCUGCUGCUGGAUCUAAACGACACUAAAGCUUCUUCUUCUGGUGAGGAUUUGAAUCUGAUCGUUGGAUUCUGGCGACACCUGCAGGACAGAACAGGAAGUGCACUUUAUUAUCAAAAUAAAAUAAAUCUAAAUAUUAUUUAUGUCAGAAAUCAUAAAUAUCUGGAUGUGGAAGCAGAAUCAGAGGGUUUUACAUUUAUUUUAGAAUUUUAUGAAAAAAUAAAUGAACCGGUUCAAUGUUUGAUUAAAUAAUAUUUAAAAUAAUAUCAAAAAAUCAAAUGAUUUAAAUGUAAAAUCUUAGAAAUCAGCAGCAAAAUUAUAAUAAACAUAUAAAAUAAAUAUACUUUCCUACAGCAUUUCACUGUUAGUUUAUUUUUAUUUAUUAUAUUAAUUUAAUAUUUAUAAAUUUAUACUAUUUGUUGUUUUAAUUCUACUAUUUGAAUUUCUGUGUAUUAAACUAACAAGAAAACAUUUUAUAAAGUGAUUUUUUUUGCUUUGUUCUUUAUAUUAAAGACAAAAUAAACGCGUUUGUUCAUAGAAUCAAUUUAAUUUUUUUUAAAAUCACAAAUCCAAAUCCAUCCAUCCAUCCAUCCAUCCAUCCAUCCAUCCAUUAUCUAUACACUGCUUAAUCCUCACUAGGGUCAUGGGGGGCUGGAGUCUAUCCCAGCUGACUCAGGUGAAGGCAGGGGACACCCUAGACAGGUCACCAGUCUGUCACAGGGCUACAUACAGAGACAAACAAUCACUCUCACAUUCACACCUACAGGCAAUUUAGAAUGAUCAAUUAACCUCAGCAUAUUUUUGGACUGUGGGAGGAAGCCGGAGUACCCGGAGAAAACCCACGCAUGCACAGGGAGAACAUGCAAACUCCAUGCAGAAAGAUCCCGGGAAAGCCGGGACGUGAACCAGGGACCUUCUAGCUGCAAGGUGAAAGUGCUAACCACUACGCCACUGUGCAGCCCCCAAAUCCUAAUCACCCAUUGAAUUAAAAAACAGAAUAAAAUUAUUUAAAUCUUAUAUAUUUUGAAAUCUAAUUAAUAAAAAGACAAAAAAAAACACAUUUUAAAAAAAGGUGAUUUGUGGAAAAUAAAUACUUCUGAUAUAAAUAUAUUUUUAAUUAUGACCUCAAACAACAUUUGGAAUAAAAUAAAAUAAAACAAUACAGUUUCUCUUCUGUUCCCUAAAACUGGUUUAAAUAAAUAAAAAAGUUCAACAUUUAGUUUACAAUCAAACAGAAAAGAUGCAUUUUAAACGCUCUGAUGGUAAGAAAACAACUUCCAAAGAUCUGAAAUCAAAGAGUUUUUGAACCAAAACUGCUUUUGUUGGAUGAAGAACCUCUGAAGAUGAAGAACAUCUGGAGAAAUUCUUUGAAGACCCCGAUCGGAGAUUAAAAGCUGAAGGUUCAAACAUCAAAGUCCUGCAGCGGCUCGUUCGCACUUUAAAGAGUUCCGGUUUCUGUUAAAUCCGGACUUCAGUAGACCCUGCUGGACUUUAGUAGACCCUCCUGGACUUUAGUAGACCCUCCUGGACUCUGGUAGACCCUCCUGGACCCUCCUGGACCCUGCUGGACUUUAGUAGACCCUCCUGGACUCUGGUAGACCCUCCUGGACCCUCCUGGACUGAGCUCAUGGACGGAACCCGGGUGUCGGACUUCAGCAUCGAGCGGAUUCUCUCCCUGAAGCUCCCAGAGGCCUCAGCGGACCAGAUCCUCCUCAGACCUCCUGCUCCGGUCCCGGUGCUGGUCCCGGUCCCGGUUCCGGUCCCGGUCCCGGGCUACCUGCAGUACGGAGGGAUGUUUUAUCCGCACGGAGCCGGUUUCCGUCCUCCGGACUUCACCGGGAUUCAUCCGAACUCUGGAGUUUUCAGCCUGGAAGCUGCAGAUGUUCAACGCUCCGCCGGUUUCCACCAACCCGGAGUCUCCGCGCAGCCGCAGUCGCGUCCGAAGGCCCGGAUGAGGACGGUGUUUACGCACGGUCAGACCAAGCAGCUGGAAGCUCUGUUCGAGCUCACCGACUACCCGACCGGGGAGGCGCGCGCUGAGGUGGCGAGAAACACCGGGCUGAGCGAGGAGACCGUCAGGGUUUGGUUUAAGAACCGCAGAGCCAGAAGGAAGAGGUCUAAGGUCAAACCUGCUUCAGCUCCAUCAUCCGGUGACUCAGAGAAGAAGAUGUUCAGCUGCUUCCUGUGAACCUGAACAUCCACUGGUUCCUCCACAGAUCAGCUGAGUGCUGCGAUGCCUUCAGGUGCUGCAAAGAUAAUCAGACGCCUGAGUUUCUAGUUUUAACACGUUUUCUCUUCCUGUAUAAUUUAUUGAAAAUGAGUGUGAAGGUUUGAAACCCAACUUUAAUGUUUUAGAUUUCAAAAUAAAGUUCGCUACGAUUAAAAUCCA